AUGAAGAUUUUAAUAUCUGGCAAGAAAGACCCUCCAAUCAGCUCUUCCAAGAAAGUUAAAACGCUCAGCUGGCAAAAACGACAGAAACUUGAAAGAGAUAAAAAGCAGAAAGAAGAGGAUGAACAAACAUUAGCAAAAGUGGAAGCUCUAAUACCACAAUCCAACAUUGGGUUUAAGCUGCUCAAACAAAUGGGUUAUACGCCUGGUGCUGCCCUAGGCAAAGAGGGUUUGGGUAGGGCUGAGCCAGUGGGGAUUGAGAUUCGACGAUCGCGAGUUGGUAUUGGCUUAGAUGAUCCUCACAAGGAGAAGAGGAAAAAUGAGAAAAUCAUAGUUGAGAGAAAAAGGAGGAAAGAGGAGGCUCUAAUGCAAGACUUUGGGUUGAGACAGAAGUCGCAAUGGCAGAGUAAGAGAGUUGUAGCCAAUUUCCAUAAGGCAAAGGUUGCCCUUGAUCAAUUAGAGAAUAGAGAAAUCAUUGAACCGGAAAAGAAUGAGGAUGAAGAAGAGGAAGAUGAGGAAGAGGAAGAAAUAACAGAAGAGGAUUUGCAAGAAGUUUUGAUGAAACUGAGGGAUGACCACAAUUAUUGCCUCUUUUGUGGAUGCAAGUAUGAAUCAAAGGAUGCUCUCUUUACCAACUGCCCUGAAACCAAUGAAGAUGAUCACUAA